GCCUUGCUGCAUUGGCCCAGAACUCCCUGCACUCACCAUGAAACAGAUUGCAAGCUCCUCAACCCAGAUGGCAUGCUGCUCCCAGCCAGGACUCCAGGGGGAGUGACACUGACAGCCUGAGGAGAUCCCCCAUCCUUCUCUGAAUCCCCCCCAUCAGCUCCUUCUCAGGAUCCCCCAUCAGCUCCUUCAUUGGAUCCCCCCCAUUACUCCUUCCCCCAGCAUAGCUGGCAGUGUGUGUCAGUGGAUGAAGAUGCUGCAGGUUUCCUGGCUCUGACUGCUCCCAUUAUUAUCAUCCAUUACUAGCUCUCAUACAUCGCUGAUUGCGGCUGCUAUUGAUUAGCUCUGGGCUGGCUAGAAACCACAAUGGCGAGCUCCCGGAGCAUCGAGCUGGAGCACUUCGAGGAGAGGAGCAGGAAGCCCCGGCAGUCCAGGCGGACCGGUCCGGGGAGCAGCUCGGGCUCAAUGCACCGGGGCGGCAAUAAUAACAAUGGUCUGAUCCCCAGCCCCGCACACAGCGCCCACUGCAGCUACUACCGCACCCGCACCCUGCAGGCGCUCAGCUCGGAGCGCAAAGCCAAGAAGGUCCGCUUCUACCGCAACGGCGACCGAUAUUUCAAGGGGCUGCCGUACGCCGUGUCCUCUGAGAGAUUCCGAUCGUUCGACGCUCUGCUCAUGGAACUCACCCGAUCCCUUUCCGACAAUGUCAGCCUGCCCCAGGGGGUGCGCUGCAUCUACACCCUGGAUGGCGGCAGGAAGAUCUGCAGCCUGGAGGAGCUACAGGAAGGUGAAAGCUAUGUGUGUGCUUCGAAUGAAGCUUUUCGCAAAGUGGACUACAACAGAAAUUGUAGUCCAAGCUGGUCUGUGAAUGUAAGGACUGGUUCUGCUCGGUCCCUUUCGUCUUUAACCACCUUGAAGAAUGAGAUGAAGGAAAGUAAAGAUUUCAUCAAGCCCAAACUAGUGACUGUUAUACGGAGUGGAGUGAAGCCACGAAAGGCAGUGAGGAUCCUUCUAAAUAAAAAAACAGCCCAUUCCUUUGAACAAGUCUUGACAGAUAUUACGGAUGCUAUUAAGUUGGAUUCAGGCAUUGUGAAGAGAUUAUGCACACUGGAUGGAAAGCAGAUAACAUGUCUUCAAGACUUUUUUGGAGAAGAUGAUGUUUUCAUUGCCUGUGGACCUGAGAAAUACCGAUAUGCCCAAGAUGACUUUGUUCUGGAUCACAGUGAGUGCCGUGUUCUAAAACCUGCAUAUUCCCGUUCCGUAAGACAUUCCGGCUCAAAAAGCCCUGGGUUAUCACGUCGUAGCAAGUCUCCAGCAACAGGAAAGAGGGGUGGUUACUACACCAGUUCAUAUUCUACAAAAUCCCCAGUAAACGGAACUCCUAGCAGCCAGUUAUCCACUCCCAAAUCAACAAAAUCUUCAUGUUCCUCUCCAACCAGCCCAGGAAGCUUCCGUGGUCUAAAGAUCCCACCACAUUGUGGAUCCACUUCUAAUGUCAAUGGCCUACCAGAAUUCUUGAAUAGUCCUGAAGGGUUUAAUGGAAAUAGGUACACAGAUGCCUCUGUAAUCCUUGAGAAAUAUAAAGUAGGAAAAGUUAUUGGUGAUGGGAAUUUUGCUGUCGUGAAAGAGUGUGUAGAAAGAUCAACUGGAAAAGAGUAUGCAUUGAAAAUCAUAGACAAAGCAAAAUGCUGUGGGAAGGAACAUCUAAUUGAAAAUGAGGUUUCGAUACUGCGCCAAGUUAAACAUCCCAAUAUAAUUAUGCUUAUAGAAGAGAUGGACACCACAACAGAGCUUUUUCUGGUGAUGGAAUUAGUAAAGGGUGGAGACUUGUUUGAUGCAAUCACAUCUUCAACCAAGUAUACAGAACGAGAUGCUAGCGCAAUGGUGUACAAUUUGGCAAGUGCUAUGAAAUAUCUUCAUAGCCUCUACAUUGUCCACCGGGACAUAAAGCCUGAGAACCUUCUGGUUUGUGAAUAUCCUGACAAAACUAAAUCUCUAAAGCUUGGUGAUUUUGGAUUGGCUACUAUAGUUGAUGGUCCAUUGUACACGGUCUGUGGUACACCAACCUAUGUUGCUCCGGAGAUCAUUGCUGAAACUGGGUAUGGUCUAAAGGUUGACAUAUGGGCAGCUGGAGUGAUCACGUAUAUUCUGCUUUGUGGUUUCCCACCUUUUCGCAGUGAGAAUAAUCUGCAGGAAGACUUGUUUGAUCAAAUUUUGAUUGGAAAGCUGGAAUUUCCCACCCCAUACUGGGACAACAUCACCGACUCUGCCAAGGAGCUGAUUGGAUGCAUGCUGCAGGUAAAUGUCGAGGAUCGAUUCACGGCAGAACAAAUUUUAUGUCAUCCUUGGGUGUCUGAUGAUGUAUCUAUGGGAAAUAAUAUGCAAGUAGAAGUCACUGGUAAAUUAAAACAGCAUUUUAACUCUCAGCCUAAAGAGACCAACACUACAGCCGCGGUGUCUGUAAUCAUGAACACAGCUCUUGAUAAGACUGGACAGAUCUUCAGUGGUAAACGCUGUGAUGACAAUGGUACUACUGGCCGGAACAAAAUCAAUGCGGUGACAAGUGCUGAAGACACUGAGAAUGUUUCUGGGUCUACAGAACUGCUGUGAAAAAUUGGAGGCUUCCUAGCCUAGAUGUAUACUGGACAGCUUCACUGGCAAAGUGGAGGACUGAUGACAAAACACUGGAAUACACUUCUAAAUGUUCUUUUUAUGCCCUUCAUUUAGUAUUUUUGUUCUUGGGUUCCCUUUUUAACUGGUUUUCACUGUACAAGAGACUCUUAGUAUGUUCAACUUCUGAAUAUGUCAGUCUUACGACAACUUGAACAAAUCAUAGUUAUUUAUGGGAUUUUUUUUAAUUAGCUUAUUCCAGUACAGUACAUUCAGCAUUAGAAUAGAGGAUGACCAUAGAAAAUAUUUGUAAGCCUACUAAUUUUGCUGUUGCUAUAAUUACUUCCAGGAGACUAUUUCUAAAUUGUUCAAUGGCAAAAACGUUUUUUGUUCGAUACUGGUACUCCUGAAAGUGAUCUUUUAUCUUUACGAUUAAAGACAUUGGGUUAUUUGGUUUGGUCACUUUGAUGUGGCUUAUCCGUUGUGCACCUUCUAAGAGCAAGGUAUUUAUUGAUAGAUCUGGUAAUUUAUUUAGGUGUGUGGGUAUUUAUUUUGGGGCUUUCCCCUUUCCUUAGUUUUAACUCUGUACAGUCUCUACAUCUAUUUUUUGUAAAAGACUCUGCUAGUAUUAAAUCUCAUGUGAAACCUGAAGAUGACGCAUGUUGCCACAGCCAGGUGCAAAACUGCUUUUGCAAAAUGCAACGGUCAGGACCAAUUAGCCAGUUUAUCCACACUAGUAGUAGUGGACUGAUGGCUACAUACAGUACUGAAGUGUUGUUACACAUUUUUAUAAUCCAUUGAAAACUGGAGAGGAAACAACUUAAUAGGAGCUGAUUUGUUUUUGUAAUUCUGCUUCUAAAAUGUCUUUUUAAAGCUUGUUUCAUUCUAUUUACAGUAUUGCACAUUUGAAAGCAACCCUCAGCUUGGAAUUGCAGCCUGCCUUGAUACUUAAACCUAUUAAAAUCUAGGCAUCAA